AUGACGGAUCCGAGAUCGUCGUCUGCUCUAUUUAAGAGAGCCGAACAGUUAAAAAGAUGGGAGGAAUCGGAUACCAACAAACAAUGUUCGACGCCGAAACGAGCUUCAAGGAUACAGUUUUCAUCAGGAAUAGUGUUUUUGGCGGCAUGUACUGCAGGGGACAAGGACGAAGUACAGAGAUUGUUGAAAAUGGGUGCAGAUAUAAACACCGCGAACGUGGAUGGUCUUACGGCACUCCAUCAGGCGUGCAUUGAUGACAAUUUGGAGAUGGUUGAGUUUCUGGUGGAGCACGGGGCUGAUGUCAACCGAGGAGAUAACGAGGGCUGGACCCCGUUGCAUGCCACCGCUUCAUGUGGAUUUAUUAGCAUAGCUAGGUAUCUUCUAGAAAACGGUGCAGAUGUAGCCGCUGUUAACUACGACGGAGAACUUCCAGUAGAUAUAGCUGAAAGCGAUAAAAUGGAGGAACUGUUUCAGAAAAUUAUUGAUGAAAAAGGUAUAGAUUGUAACAAGUCGCGUAGUGCAGAGGUGGAUAAUUUGUUAAGCGAUGCAAAGAAUUGGGCGGCGAAUGGCUAUGUCGAAGUGAGGGACCCGAAGACAGGCGGCACUCCGUUGCACGUGGCAGCAGCAAAGGGUUAUAUUGAUGUAGCACAAACACUUCUAGAGGAAUGCGAUGUGGAACCGGACUGUGUGGACUAUGAGGGCUGGACUCCACUUCAUGCGGCCGCUCUAUGGGGGCAGAAGGAAGCUGCCGCACUACUACUGAAGAAUGGAGCUGACCCCAAUAUAAAGAACUAUUCGGGUCAAACAUGUGUGGACCUGGCGGAUCCGAGCAUAUCGACGUGGCUAUCGGAGGCGUGCCUCAAGGCGCCGCGUCGUGUCAAUAACAACAAUAAUAACAAGCGAAAGGGCAGUCCCCCGCGACACGACGUCAAGCGCGUCGAGCUGCAGAUCACCGGGCAGAUGGACGGUGUUAAUGAAAAACCUCCGGCCGCGCCGGAGAUAAUUCCUAAAAUAGUGGAGAAACCACCAAAAGGACGUGCACCGUCACCUGAAACUACGGAAGCCACUGCCGACAACACUAAGAUUGACGAAGCGCCCUCCUGGCGCAGAUCGGCUUCCUUCCGGAACAGACAACAGGAUAACACGCGCGAGAACAAACCGAUUAAAAAUAAUUUGGAUAAUGAUACAAUAUUGAGGAGGACGCAUAGUUUCGAGAAUGACAAGACUUUCUAUCAGCGAUACCGCGACGUGACGGCGCGUAUAAAGGCAUCGUCGUGUCCCUCUAUACCGCCGAUACAGCCGGCCGAUAACAACAUAAGGAAAAAGGCACAGGAGACUAACACGACAGAGAGUACUAACGAGGAUGUUCACACCAGAAUUAGUCCGACUGAGAGACGCGAGAGGGAAGCUAACACGUGGACCGCGCCACGACGACUCCACUACGACUCCUCCAAUACGACUGCUACAUCCAUAGCGAGGGAUACAAUUGCACAAACUAUAAGAAGCUCCUCGGAGAGCGUAGAGUCCAACAGUAGCAAUUCAACACCGAGCUCGACCACGCCCACCAAACUCUCGCCUGGGAACAUAUUCAAGAAUUUCUUCAAAUCGUUCGUGCCUCCUGUACGAGAUGAAGAGAGUGAAACGCAAAGGAAAGCUCACGCGAAACGUGUUCGUGAGACCCGAAGGUCCACACAAGGGGUGACUCUGGACGAAAUAAAGUCUGCCGAGCAAUUAGUCAAGAAGAAAUCUGGCAAUGGCGUCACAGAAGCACCACCUGUCACUACCAAGAAAGAAGAUCCCCCCGUAUCAACAAAUACCGAUAACGCAGCUCGGAGUGUCCCGGAGUGGGCGGAGACGCUAACGACCGCGUCCGCAAUGAUCACGGCCAGCGCAGAGAGACGGCCCUCGUGGCGGCUGCGACUCGACACUAAUAAGUUCGAGUUAGAGGACGCAUGGCGGUCUUCGCCACGCACGAGCGCGACCGAAACAACGGUCACGCUGCCGUUGCGGCGCGUCUCACAGCACAACGCGACCACAGCAAACACUACCACCACCACCACCACCACCACAACCACAACCAAUACAACUAGUACGUUGACGAAAGAGGACACACGCGCUGGUGAAGAAGAAAAAGAGCGUGAAAGCAGUUCGGAAAGCAAGUCGUCCUCGUCGCCCGCGAGUACGCAGGCCGCGCUCAACGUCAUACAGCGCAGGCGACGACCCAAGCGGAGAUCGACAGGCGUCGGACAUGUUGAUAUGGACGACAUUGUUAACGACCGCGGAGGAGGCGGUGAAGGCGAUGGCGAUACGGAAAAUGUACCGGUAAGUUAUUUUUGUCAUUCUGCCUUCAACGUGCUU